AAAACCUAAAACAACAAAACUCAAAGUUCCUUCAAAUGAAACCCGUUGCCCUUGAAUCAGAGGCAACUUGUAGUCCCACUGAAUAGUGAACUCAACAACUGUCCUAAAAAAGCUAAACAUCGGCGAAUAACGCAAACGGCCUUCGUCGCCGCCCACCAGAAACGGUUCAUCCACAUGACACCAUUGUUAGUUCGUAGGGUUAAUAAAAUUGAAGGGUUAGCCUCCCUUUUAAAUUCUAAACAAAUUUUGUCUCCAUGGCUUAUUGCUAUUCGCCAUUUUAGCUUUAAUGAUAACCGUGGUGGCCGUAAAGCUUCUGCCGGAGAAUCUGACGAUGAAUUUUUUCGUCAACGGAGUUUUAAUGAUAAUGGUGGCAAUAGAAAUGAGGAAGGUUUUGGUGUUCAACAACUUUCGGAGGAAUUGAAUCAAACUAGGGUUUUGAGAGGUCAAAAGCCAAGUAAUCGACCUCCUUUGCAUUCCCAAGAAUACGAUCGAGGUGGCCGUCGUCCGAAAUUUGAUGGAAACCGUGGCAAUAGAUCAUCGCAAAUUGAUCAUGGAUUUCAAGGAAGAAAUGUUGAUGAAACUGGUAGAGAUGGUGGUCGUAGAGGCAAUAAAUCUUUGCAAAUUGAUCUUGGAUUUCAGGGUAGAAAUUUUGAUGAAACUGAUAGAGAUGGUGGUCGUCGUGGCAAUAAAUCUUCGCAAAUUGAUCUUGGACUUCAGGGUAGAAAUGUUGCUGAAACUGUUAGAGAUGGUGGUCAGUCAGGAGAUAGUUUUCUCGAUAAGUAUAAGCUUGGUUUUGAUGAUGAAGUAGGGAGUAAAUCAGAUGUUGAAGCAAGCAGCCAAUUGGAAGAAGCAAGGGCGGUGAAUUCGUCAAAUUCAAAUGAACCAGCGCAACAGUCUAUGCCUCAAGAUGCUGAUGAGAUUUUCAAGAAGAUGAAGGAAACUGGUCUUAUACCUAAUGCAGUGGCUAUGCUUGAUGGUUUAUGUAAAGAUGGUAAUGUUCAAGAAGCUCUGAAGCUUUUCGGUUUGAUGCGGGAAAAGGGAACGAUUCCGGAGAUUGUCAUUUACACUGCUGUAGUGGAGGGAUACACAAAGGCACACAAGGCAGAUGAUGCUAUAAGGAUUUUCAGGAAAAUGCAGAGUAAUGGCAUUUUGCCGAAUGCUUUUAGUUACACUGUUCUUAUACAAGGACUCUAUAAAUGUAGCAGAUUACAGGAUGCUGUUGAAUUUUGUGUAGAGAUGUUAGAAGCAGGCCAUUCUCUAAACGUGACGACUUUCGUUGGCUUGGUAGAUGGUUUUUGCAAAGAAAAUGGAAUUGAAGAAGCAAAAGGUGUUAUCAAGACAUUAACAGGAAAGGGUUUUGCUUUUGACGAGAAAGCUGUUAGGGUGUUUUUGGACAAGAAAGCACCAUUUUCAGCCUCCAUUUGGGAGGCCAUCUUUGGGAAGAAAGCUCCACAGAUGCCAUUUUAAAUAUAUUAGCAGACUAUGUAAGUUUUUUUAUCUUUGUGAUUCUUGUACUCUUUUGCCAGACUAUUUUUAUGCCAUUGUGUAAUGUAUAAUUACUUUAGGUGCACCUAUUUAAAUUUUUUAAAGAAGGUUCAACUAGUUUGCCUGUUUUUUAAAUAGGCAAAUGAUAUUAGUUGUAUGUUAGUAUUGUCUCCUUCAUAAGAGUUUGAACCCCGGUUCUUUAAUUCAUUCAAUUCAUUUAACUCCUCUGA